AUGAACUGGCUGCCCAAGCAGAUCCAAGACGAUCCAUCGAUCGCUACAAAGCUUCAAGACUAUUACAGACGCUGCGUGAAGAAGCUUCCUCCCACCAAGCGAAUGGAGUUCUUGUUCUCCAAAAAGAUGAAUCUACCGGAGAUCUGGGAUACAGACCUCUUCCCGUUAGCCCCUGUAACGCGUCCUCGCGACAUCCCAGCCGACCAUUCCGUGGACGUCUGGAGCUACAACGACUGGAAGAACUACGCGCUCUCCGGCUCCACGUACGACCCCAGCGAGGACGAGGAAGCAUCGCCCGAUGCCAUCGCCAACUUCUCCAGCGAGCUGGGUCCGGACCCUCGUCUCGUCCAGAACCUCGAUCCCCGCAUCCUCCACCGCGCCACCGAGCUCCUCCAGCCGCUCCUCCUCUCCUCCUCCUCCCCCGCGGAACCUUCAGAACCUGAAAAAACCGCGGAACCCGCCUCCGCGCGCUCGGUUCUGUCCAGUACCCUCGAGAAAUUCCGUCCGGUGGUGGAGAUGGGCAUUUCCGAGGCGGCGGACGCGGCGCACGACGUGUUCCGCGUGGAAUUCCAGCCGCGCGCGGUCGAUUCGAUGACCGUCGACGACGCGAAGCGCAUCGUGCGCGGGCUUCUUCGCGCCACGGACCGCGCCGCCGCCCAGCUGGCGAAGCAGCUUGCCGCCAACCCGCCGUCCCUCGCCGAGCGACUGGAGAAACGGGCGAAACGCGCGGCGGAGCGCGUGGACUACGAAGCACUUUUGCCGCGCAAAGAAGCCGCGCUGCAAGCCGCCAAAAUCGCCGUCGAGGACGCGCAGCGAAAAAUCGUCGAGGCUCGCAGCGUCGUCGAGGACGCGCAGCGCAGAGCGGGUCAAGUCAAACGCGAAGCAGACGAAGCAGAGCGCGCCAAGGCCGAAGAGGCGCUGAAAACCGCGGAAACGGCGCUGCGUAGUGCGACGAAACGCCUGGAGCAUGCGGUUUUGAUGCACAGACAGACGGAACGGUCGCUGGAGCGGCUGAAAAAGGAGGUUUCCGGGGACAAAAUCGCGUUUUCGCGGGUUCUUUCGGCGGCGAUUCAGGCCUCCGACGUCUCCGAUUGGGCCGUGAAAACCGCGGAAAGCGUCGCGCAGAACGGAUCGGCCACGCGGGCAGAAAUAACCGCGGCCAAUCGCGAAGCGGCGCGUGCGACGGAGCGAACCGCGUCGCUGAGUCUUCGCGCGGCCAAAUUGGCGGCAAAACUGGUGGAGAGCGAGUCGAGCGCGAUCCAGGCGGUUUCGGAGCGAAACGCCCAGGAAGUUUCGAAGCGGAUGGAGCGGGAAGGGGAGUUACAUCGGCUGCGGCAGCGGCGAAGCGAAGCGAAACGCCUGUCGGACGAUCUGGCGAAAUGGGCGGCGGUGAAGAAGGCGAGCGCGGACGCGUUUGCCGCCAAAUGCAAAGGUGGAAACGAGGAAACCGAGAAGGAGUCGUCGGAGGCGGUGGAAACGGUGGAAAUCGAGGAUUUGGCGGGUAGCUUCGACGUUGACAAUCUUCGGCAGCUGAUCCAGAACUACCGCGCGGGCGAAGAAGAGGAGGAAACCCCCGCGACGGUAGGCGAGGGAGGGCGGCGUGAAGCGUAG